GCCUCGGUCAUGGAGGGUAGAACGCUUCUGCUGCUGUGUCUGCUGCUAGGCGGUAUCGUCGCCUUCCCCGAGACGGGCAUAGGAAGAAGGGACCACCAUGAACCAAAGCCAGAGCCAGAGCCAGAGCCGGAGCCAGAGCCGGAGCCAGAGCCAGAACCGGAACCGACGCCCGAGCCAGAGCCGACACCAACGCCACCUGCCCAAUCCGGAUCGAAAACAGCGUCACCUGCAGCGUCCGAGUCCGACGCGGUGGUGAUCGAGGCGCCGACCAACGCGGCCGAGUGCGCCCAGGUCGGCGGCAAGUGCAUCCUCAAGGACGACUGUCCGAACUCCGAGUAUGGCUGGAACCAGCCGUACAAGGGAAUCUGCGACCAGGAGGGCUACGAGUGCUGCUUCAAGGACAUCUCAUCGCACUCGAUGCGGUGCGGCGUGUUCGGGGGCGACUGCGCGCCGGAGAGGAGCUGCGGAUACGUACGACACGCCUCCGCCCACUGCGCCCGCGCCGGAGACGUCUGCUGUAUUUGGCUGACGUGAGCCGGCACCGAUGGAUGCCCUUGGACUCGUCACGGGAUCAGCGCCGUAACAGGGCACCGAGAAACGCUUAAUGUUAUCCUGGCUUGCCAGAGGUUGGUGAAUAUCGAUUUUCAUUUGACUGAUGUCCAAUAAUUCCUGCUCUGCCUCCAUUUUAGCGACUGGCUAAGUUCACGUGCAUUUCAAUGCGGGUAAACAUGGCGCCGCCUUUAUCAGAGGCCAACGCAUAUCUGUGCAAGGGUGGCAUGGAAAACAUGACCACACAACUCGCUCCUUAAACCUUUCUAACUCUUGUUCGAACGCCUGUAGUUCCGUCCGAUUGCAAAAGUUUCCAUGCUUUAACUGUAUCCAUGCUUAGCAGACGUGCUCAUUACAUUUUACACGCCGUGCACAUCGUGUCGCUGCCACUGUUUGGGCGCAUGUAUGCGCGUAAACAACGGCGCAGCUGGCGAAGUCAAAAGGAAAAGACCCGGCGGGCCUCCCUAAACUCAACACCGUCACGCCCGCAAACGUUUCAUUUUCAUGGUCUUUUG